CGCUGGCUCUUUAUCAAUCAAAUGUCAAAAAAUUAAGAAAAUAAAAUCUCUGUUUCUGUUGAUAAAUAAUUAAAUACUUAAUGCAAUUUACCUUCAUAUAAUCUAAAAAUGAGUGAAGUAGAAAAUGCGUAUUGCCGGCUGUGCGCUGAACUUAAGUCUUCGGCAAAACUGGUUAAUUUAUUAAAUGAAGAUGCAGUAAGGGAGGACAUAUUAAUCAAAUUGAAAAAAAUGAACAUAAACAUCGAAUUUAUCGAGGAAUCUAUGCCUAAUACGGUUUGUUAUUCAUGUACCGCCUCAAUAGAUAAAGCUUUUGAAAUUAUAUUGGAAAUUGAAAAAGCCCAAGAGAUUUUGGAAGACAUAAUUUUAGUAAAAAAAAAUAUUAAGAAAGAAGAACUUGUUUCAGACUUUGAUAACGAUUUCAUAGAACCUUAUUUGUCUUAUGACGUAGAUAUAAAACUAGAAGAUACCCAAGGUCAUAAUUCAAAGAAAACUAAAUACAAAGAGAAAAAGAAGAAAAAGCUCCUACACAAUGACUUGGACGGAAUACCUUUGUCUCAGUUGAAAUUAACAUGGCAAGAAUAUAGCUGGCAGUGUGCUUACUGUGAGACUUUAUUUCCAACGAUAGAUGAACUAAAAAGCCAUUCCAUCCAAUAUCAUGAAUGCUGUAACCCAUACAGAUGCACAGAUUGCAAUAUUCGUAAGUUAAGGCUCGACAGCUUCAUCGCACAUGUUAAGAGACAUAGAAAGUACCUCAAACUGUCAUGUUACAAGUGUCAUAAAAGAUUUCCAAAAAUAACAGAUGCCAAAUUACACGAAACCCUACAUGUAGAUUCCAGUUAUUUCUGUACAGGUUGCAAUGAGAGUUUCAAUACAUCGGAUGAGCUCACUGACCACAGCAAAUACAAUAGAGAUUUAAAAGUUAGACAGCUACCGCCAAUAGCUAAGAAUAGAUUGGAAAGUCUCAAUUGCCCAAUAUGCCAGAAGUCAUUUAAAUACAAAGGCACUCUAACAAAUCAUUUGCUAACACAUACAGACAGAAAACGAGAGCACACAUGUGACAAGUGUGGUAAAAGAUUUUUAAGUAAGCAGAACUUGGCAGGCCAUAUGAUGCUACAUGAUGAUGUUAGACCAUAUCCUUGUGAAAUUUGCAAAUUUAGAUUUAGAACUCCAGCACAAUUGAGGAUGCAUGUUGGGAUUCAUGAUGGAAUCAAACCAUUUUCAUGUGAUCAAUGUGGGCGUUGCUUUCGAUUAAGAAAACAACUGUCCAACCACAGCAUAGUACAUACAGAUGCUCUUCCCUAUGUAUGCUCAUACUGUAGCAAAAAGUUCCGCUUUAAAAGCAUUUUAAACCAACACAUACGUCAGCACACAGGUGUCAAGCCUUAUUCGUGUCAGCACUGUGAACGUACGUUUACCAAUUGGCCAAAUUACAACAAACAUAUGAAACGUAGGCACGGUUUAAACAUGGCCAAAAAGAAACGAACCCCUAAAGGUGUGUACCCAAUAGACCCUGUGACUGGACAAUUAAUUUUGUAUGAAGAGAGUAAUAAAACGCUUGAAUGGAAGAGUAAGUUAUUAGAGGGAACAAGGAAGCCUGGUCGUCCUAAAGGUAUCAAUAAUGACAACACAAAUGUACCUUUAAUAUGUGAUGAUAAUGAUGAAUGAUACUAAAAUUAACUAAGUUAGGAUUACAAUGACUCUACCGCCUCUUUAAGAUUAUGUAGUUGGAAACAGUGGAAGUAUAUUUUUAAACUAUGUGAAGUACUUAAUAUCUUAUUGUUUCAGUAUUUCUUGGGUGUAUCUGAACAAGUUUUUAAAAUAUGAUUCCACCUUCUCAAUAAUAGGCUUAGAAUGCAUUGACAACAUCUCUUGAAGAUUAAAUUACAUGUUGUAGACCAAUCAGCUGCAACGCUGCAAAACUGAAAAUAUUGCUUUUUUUAUGUUGUGAUAGGACAAAAUGGAGAGAGAAUAUUUUUAAUGUUGCUGCUAUUGGUCGGCACGACAAUGUCUUUCUCUUCACGAGAUAUCACUACUAUAAAGGACUAUGUAAUAAAAGUGAUUAACUUUCGAUUAAGUAUUUAUAUUUAUUUUGCAACAGUAAACAAUAAUAAACAGAUUUUAUCUUCAGAUUAUGAAAUGUGUAAGUCAUAUUGUGAAAUAAAAGAAAUAGUCAUCUGAA